AUGAUUCUUUCCCCACACUAUGACUCGCUAUUUUUUGUUAACGCUAAGGAAGAAAACUGCUCUAGAUUAAAGGGUCUACUAGGUGAUUACUGUCUUGCAUCUGGUCAGGUAAUUAAUUAUGAGAAAUCUAGUCUUUUGUUCAGUGCUAACACUCCUGAGGAUGUCAAGUCGAAUACAAGCUCGAUUAUGGGUAUUAGAGGGAUUGAUAACUCUGGUAUUUAUUUGGGCAUUCCAAUGACUUGGGGACGGUCCAAGAAAGUGGCGUUAGCCUAUAUCCGCGAGCGUGUGGCGAAGAAGAUAAUGGGGUGGAAACAAGGCACAUUAUCAAUGGCGGGAAAGGAAGUUUUGAUCAAGGCCAUUGCCACUGCUGUCCCAGCUUAUCCUAUGAUGUGUUUUAAAUUCCCCAAGGUGGUGUGCAAUGAGAUCAGUAGCGAUAUUGCGAAAUUCUGGUGGGGAAAAUCAAAAGGCGGCAACGGCAUACACUGGAAAUCCUGGAAGGCUUUGUGUUUGGCGAAAGGUGAUGGGGGUCUUGGCUUUAGAGACCUUGCAGAAUUUAAUCUGGCUCUACUUGCCAAACAGAGUUGGAGAAUCAUCUCUACUCCUAAUGCCUUAUGGGUUCGAAUUCUAAAAGCGAGGUACUAUCCUGAUUGUGAGUUUAAGGAUGCCGUUUUAGGUCACAGACCAUCUUGGAUAUGGACGAGUAUUCUAGAGGGAAGAGAUGCUUUAAUGGGCAGGGCCAGAGUUCAGAUCAUGAAUGGUGCAGAUACAAAUAUUUGGGGUGACAAUUGGAUUCCUGAUAAUGGCAUUAUUACACCAAUCACUCACGUUCCUUCUAAUGCUCCACAAAUGAAUCGAACUUGGAGUUUGGAUAGGGUGGGUAGUUAUCUGAGUUGGGAAACUCAAAAGCAGAUUCUUGCCAUCCCCAUUGGUCCUUCAGGUCAGCGGGAUAAGCUUGUUUGGCCCUGGACUUCGAACGGUCUAUAUUCAGUAAAAUCCGGAUAUCAUUGUUUGCAGUCGGCUCACCGUUACUUAGCAUCUGGGAGUUCGCAUUCUUCUCAUUUCAUCUCAAAUCGAAUAUGGAAAGCUGUUUGGAGUGUUCGCACCCUGCCUAAGAUACGCAUGUUCUUAUGGAGAUGUAUGUCCAACGCUAUUCCAACGCGAGUCAAUUUAUUCAGGAGGAAAAUUAUUGCCUCUCCUAUGUGCGGCCUCUGCGAUCAAUACGAAGAAUCCAUUGAACUUGCUCUAUUUCUUUGCCCCUGGGCUCAAGUUGUGUGGUUUGGAUCUCCAAUCACGUUAAGAAUUCAUACUCAAAGUUUUAGCACUCUGGAUGUUUGGCUGAAUAAUAUCCUGGACUUGAGAACUGAAUCAAAAAUGGAAAAUCAUGAUCUGCUCACUAUGCUAAGCUUCUUUCUUUGGGAAAUAUGGAAGACCAGAUGCAAAGCUAUCAUGGAAGGUUGUAGAAUUGAUCCAUGCAAAGUGGUUGAAACAGCAAGUAAGGCAAAGGUGGAAUUUCAGAAAGUGUGGCAAGGUAAUGCAAAUUGUGUAACGAGCCGUUCCCCUUCAAUUGGCGAGGUCUGCUCAUGGGAGCCCCCGCCAAUGGGUUUUGUUAAAGUUAAUAUUGAUGGGAGUUGGCAAAGCAAUGGUAGAAAAGCUGGUGUUGGAGUGGUAAUUCGAAAUUCAGUUGGGGAGUUUUUAGGAGGCUUGGCUGCAUCACGAGUGGGUCACUCUGCUCUUGAGGUGGAGGCUGAAGCAGCUGUCAUGGGGCUGUUGCUUGCGGCCAAUCUUGGCUAUAGUGAUGUCUACGUAGAAUCUGACUCAAAGACCCUUGUGGACGGGAUCAAAGGGGAUAUAAGGAACCGUGCCUGGACUAUCAGGCCUUAUAUAGAGGUUAUCUGGCGUAGAGCUGAUCAGUUCAGAAGUGUUUUUUGGCGUUGGGUUCAAAGGAGUUCAAAUCAAGCAACUCAUGAGGCUGCAGCAAUAGGUUGCCGAGCAGUGGAGCUGGAAAGCUGGGUUACUCAACCACCGCUGUCUCUUAUGCAUGUUUUGGUGUCUGAUGGUCUUCCAGGUCCUCCUUAA